UUAAUUCAUUUGUUAAAAAAAAAAGAAUGGACCAAGAUCAGAAAAUGGGAUGGGUGCUGCUUCUUACUAUGUGCGCUGCUGGUAUUGGGGGAACCUUUCAGUAUGGAUAUAAUCUUACCAUAAUCAAUGCCCCCACAACUCAUAUUCAGAAAUUUGUGAAUGAAACAUUGCGGGAACGCAGAGGAUCAGAGUUGGACAGUUGGAUCAUCACCCUGAUCUGGUCCAUAAUAGUGUCUGUGUACCCACUGGGUGGGUUCCUGGGAGCACUGCUUGCAGGUCCAAUGGCUAUCAAGCUUGGACGAAAGAAGUCUCUGCUCUUCAAUAACAUUUUCAUAGUCCUGUCAGCAGUGCUCUGUGGUUUCAGCCAUCUCGCCAAGUCUUUUGAGAUGAUCAUACUGGGAAGAAUAUUGGCUGGGGUGAAUUCAGGUGUCAGCAUGAAUAUCCAGCCUAUGUACCUUGUAGAGAGUGCCCCUAAGAAGCUCCGUGGCACAGUAACUCUAUCUUCUGCUGUUUUUACUGCCUUUGGACUGGUGAUGGGGCAGGUAGUGGGAAUCAGGGAGAUACUUGGCAGUGAAGAGACCUGGCCUCUUCUAUUAGCUAGCAAUGCAAUUCCUGCUAUUUUACAAGUUCUGGUUCUUCCAUGGGUUCCAGAGAGCCCUAGAUACCUGUUAAUAGAUUUAAAGGACAGGGAUUCCUGUGUUUCUGCAUUACAGCGGCUGCGUGGGCACUGCGAUCUCAGCAGUGAGAUGGAGGAGAUGUUGGCAGAGCAGGCAGCCAUCAAAGAUCAAAAGCCAAGGAACCUCCUUGGUCUAGUCCGGGAUCCAUUACUACGACGGCAGCUUAUUACUAUAGUGGUGCUCAGCAGUGCUAUGCAACUGUGUGGUAAUGAUUCAAUGUAUUUUUAUGCAUCCUACAUAUUUAAUGAGGCUGGGAUCCCCCCAGAGAAUAUUCCCUAUGUUGUUAUUGGCACAGGGAGCUGUGAGCUCAUCACUUCAUUCACUUGUACUUUAUUCAUUGACCGCAUUGGUCGUCGGGCUCUAGUGAUGGGAGGAUACAGUAUGAUGUCAGUGUGGGCUGUAGUUUUUAUGGUCUCUUUAUCUCAGCAGGAUAAAGUCAGCUGGAUGCCAUAUCUCAGCAUGGUCUGCAUUUUUGCCUACAUCUUGAGCUUUGGCAUUGGUCCAGCUGGAGUCACAGGAAUCAUGCCAGCAGAGCUAUUUGAUCAGAUGGCACGUCCAGCUGCAUACAUGAUCUGCGGCUCCCUCAUCUGGAUCAUGCUAUUUAUUGUUGGGCUAGCAUUUCCCUUCAUUGUGCAAGGCCUUGGUCACUACUGCUUUAUUCCAUUCAUGGUUGUUUGUGUCAGCACUGCACUGUACGUUGGAUUCUUCCUCCCAGAGACCAAAGGAAAAAGUCUUCUAGAAAUCACAGAGGAGUUUACAAAGUGCAGGGCAAAACCACAUGAGAUGGAAAAUGGCUGGAUUGCACCUUCGGAGAUCAAAUCCACCAUGUUAUGAGGAAGAUGGAGUGUUGCACAUGGUAACAU